CAUGUCAACCUUUGCUGUAAAAGGGCAGCCCAGGAGGGAAGAGACUGUGCUGUUGCUUGAAAACCUAGACCUACUGCACAUAACUUCGUCACGUGGUGAGAGAUAUGAAGAGGAUGACUUCUUGGGCAAGAAUACUUCUGCCACUGUCCGGGACGUACUUUACAGUCUCUUCAAUGCCUAUGACAAGAAGGAAGCACAGAAAAAGUUGAAAAAUGUCUGGCCGGUCAAGCUAGGGGAAACCGAAAAAGAAUUUCGUGAAGCAAUUCUCUUCUGGCUCUCAACACUGAAAGACAACCAUGCUGGGGCAGCCUUCCUUCAUGAAUUCAACUCGCGCGUCCUACUGCAGACGGGAACACCACGGUGCUUAAGUUCCUCACCGAGCUUUUUCCACAAGAAAAACACCUGCACUUCUGUUGCUUUGCAAGCACAGCAAGCUUCAGAUGAAAAACAAUGCAGGGAAAUUGAAAGCCUUCUAAAACAGUGGGAAUCAUUUUCAAGUAUACUGCUGCGAGAGUUGGGUCUUCUAGCAGAAAAUGAAAUUCCUGAUGAUGGUCCGACUAAAAAGCUGGAACUGAGUCAUAAAAACCAAACCAUGAGGAAUGAAGAGGCUAUGACUGCACUGCAGCAAGCUGAAGAAUGGCUUCAAAUACAGGAAGCAGAGGCCAAGCAGUUGCUGUGGCAACUGCUAGGCCUCUGCUUCACGUAG